GCCCCUCGCGGGCCGCCAACGCCCGCCCUUCAUCCGGUCAGGCCUGCGGGGCCGCGUUGCCAGGCGACGGGCAGCGGGGUGCCGCGGCUCCCGGGACGGGCGGAGGGCCGGCCGCCGGGCGGGAGCGGGAGGCAGCCGCCAUGUCGGGGGAAGGCGGCGGGCGGCGGCGGCGCAGCGCCCUACAGGCUGAGCGACAAGAAGCAAUUUCUGCUCAUGCAGCAAGAGAGCAAGCAGCUGAAUACUCAGAUGACUUUGAGAGUGACGAAGAUGGCAUGUUAAACAGUAUUGGGGAAGAAAAUGGAAGUGACUCAGGCGCUGAGAGCACUAAGAAGUCAGUUGCUGUUGAGAGUCCUCUCUCUGAUGAUGAUGCUUCACAAAAAGCAGAUUUGGAAAACGAAGCUGCUGACUUGACUUUAUCCUUUCAUGAAAAGAAGCUUCAGCAAGUAAUGCUUUUAGAAAGUGGAAACAUACGGGAUGGCGGAAAGGAUGGUGAAGAAGAAUGUUUGGGAAGUCAAAACAAAGGUGAUGACAGAAAAAGUGAUGAAGAAUGUUCAUCUGCUGAAGUACCGUGUGAUAAUAGUGAAAGUGACCACUGUAAUGACUUGCCUAUUCAUGAACUACAGAAAAAAAGAAAUCAAGAGGAAAACAAACCAAUACCAAAGCCACAGGUGCACAAACCAAGAAAUGCUUUGGCAUCAGAUCAAGAUCAGAAGAUCAACACCAGUGACUUGAAACUGGAGGACAAUAGUAGAAAAUCCCCUUCUGUGACGGAAGUAAUGACACCCACAGUAUAUAAGAAAACAAAGAAACUGGAGAAGUCAACAGAUGGCAGUUCAGAUGAAAUGGUGAAGAUAGUGGAAGGACAAAUAAUAACUGAUACAAUACAGGAGGUAUCAGUGAAUGAUCAGUCUGAGAAUGGGGAGGCAAAGAACACUUCAAAGGACUCUGUCAAGAAACUAAGUGAAACGAAGGAAGGAGUUCUACAAAACCAGAAAGCUUUAUCUGACAGGUCUCUCUCUCCAGUGCCCUUAAAGAAAAAGGUGAAAGCUGUUCCAUCAGCUGCACCUGUUUCAUCUCAUUAUCUCGGAACGUUAAAGGUGUUGGAAGAUAAAAGUGUGCAGAAGAACAAUACAGAAUUUGACAAAGGAGAUAGUUUACGAGCAGCUGUUUUCCAGAAUUGGUUGGAAAAGAAAAAGGCCUUUCUACUGGAAUUAAAGAGACUUGAAAAGAAGAAAGCUGAAAAUCUAAGGAACAAUACUGAAAAGAAAGAAGCUGAUAAAAGAGAGGAAGCGAUUGCAUCUUUUGAAGCCUGGAAAAAAAAGAAAAGAAUAGAAGCAAAAAUGUUAAGUGAAAAAAAGAAGCUUGAGGAACUUCAGACAAAGAAAGCAGCAGAACAGAAAAAGGAGAAAACAGAGGAAGCACAGAAGGCAUUCGAAAAAUGGAAGGAAAGAAAAGUGGAAUAUUUAAGAGAGCAAAGAAGAAAGGAAGAACAGUCUGAAAGAAUCAAGAAGAAGAAAGAGGAGGAGCUGGUUGCAGAGAAGAGGAGAGACAGCGUGUCAGCAGUUGAAAAAUGGAAAGAAAAAAAGGAAGAAUAUAUUAAACAGAAGAAAGUAAAAGAAAUCCUAGAGAGAAGAAAGCAAGAAAUACAACAAGCAAAGAAGGAAGAAAAGAAUAAAAAGGCUAUGGAGGAAUAUGAACGAUGGCUGGAAAAGAAAGAGAUGAGGGAGCAGCUUGAGAAGAAGCAAAAGAAGUUGCAGGCUGUCCAUGAGGUCAAAGUGCUUUCUCCCUGGAGUCCACCUGGCAAAGUCACAUAUUCAAGGAAUUACUGAGCAGUCUGUUGCCUCUGAGAAAAGAUGAUCUACAAAUUUCUGACGAUGGCUAGUCAUUAUUUCAACAGCUGAUUUUCACUGACUCAUUACAGUGUUUUUUUAUAUAUUACAGAUGUAUAUGUGAGAUUAUAGGUGUUGCAUCCUUUCUUUUUGGUUUAUUUAAUCUCUGCAGUUUAAAUAGAUCAGUUGUCCCUUUCCGUUGCUUUAGAAAAUGUACCAGUUUUUGUAAUCCCACAUUUAACUUCCUUCUAUUAAAUCCUGUCACUUUGUUCCUUUCUGGUGAAAGUGCAUAUUCAGGGUAUGUAAGGCUGAACUCUGAUUUUUUUUUCCACCCACUAAGUAGCAGAAUGGUUAUUUUUAAGUUACAAGGCCACAUGGCUGGGGAGUUAAGUCUGGAAGAAAUGCUUUGUAAUGGAUGGGAGUGCGGGGAUGAUGGGCAAGGAGUUGUUGGCUAUCUUCUGGGGAUAGAAGACAGAAGGUUAAGCAAUAUGGUAGAGGGACAUCAUUUUCAUACGUGCUACAGAGAGCAUAAUAUAAUUCUUAGAUUAUGUUAAGUUACAUAAUACAAAAAUAGCUUUUAAAUUAAAAACACAUCAAACAGAAACAGGGUUUCAUGGGGCCAAAAACAGUCAGCUAUGUGAUGGUACAAAAGAAUUAAACUGAAAUCAUUGUAAGAUAAAAUGGUCUAGGACUAGGUAAGGCUGUAGCUGUUAAUUCUAUUUCAGGUCUUUACAUACAUUCCAUAGAUUUCUUGCUUCCUACAGGAAACAGUGGUUUUAGAGGCAUGUUUUGCAGUUCCCACAAAAUCUUACCUAGAAACUGCAAGGGCGGAACAGUGGUACUCCUAUGAGGCAGCCUUAGACACUGAAAAGUUUUUUGUUUUGGAACUUAACUUAAAGGCUUCUGUGGUUGUUUUUACAUGAUCAGGUAAACCCUUCCCUGUCUUCAUCAUGGCCAGUGAGUUAGUCGCUGGAGUAAAUUAUUGAAAUGUCUUCUGUUUUUUCAUGGCUAUUUGCCUCACUGUUUUGGAAACAAUGACAAGACUACGUGUCUUUAGAGAUCUUCAAAUCUCUUGCUUUUCCUACUGUCUAAACUCAAGCUGUUACUUAGGUUUGUAUUUUCUUAUCUGAAUUUUAAUAAUCGUUCCAAAUCAAAUCUGUUCCUCAAGUGUGUAUUCAAAAAAACAGCAUCACCAAAGAAGAAGAGGAAAAACAAACAAACAAAAAAACCCCAGAUCUUUAAAUUCUAUAUGUAUUUUCCUCAAAUGAGGUUCUUACUUCUGUUUGGACUGACAGCCUCCUUGGGAAGUCAAGGGGAGCAUUUUGAGUAGACUUGCCUUUUUCACUCGAGUCCUGUUCGUAAAUCACCAAGCAAGUCAUUAAUUCUGCAUUGCAUGUAUCACUGGGACAUCUCCUCAGAAAGCAAGGUUACAAGACCAGCAACCAGGUGAAUUUCUUUAGUUUCCUGAUGUUUCUUGCUUGUUUUUUCAUGUUUUAGUGAGAGCUACUGAGGAUUUAAUUUGGCCCUGUUUCUACUACCAGAAUGCUGUACAGAUGACAUUUAUUGCUGGCAUGUAUGUAAAGGUGAAAUCAGAAGGGAUAUCUGUUCUGUCUCAUUGUUGAAUAUGGGCCUGUUCAUUAUUGUUAGUAAGAACUCAAGUUCAGUGAAUUCCUAAUUUAGACCUUUUACAAUGUUUAUGGCAGGCCGAAGUAGGUGCUAGAAAGCAAAAAGGUAAGAUACAUUUGUUGGAACAGUAGGUAGCGUCGUAGUUACCAUCAUUAACCUAAUUUCUAUUAAUAAGUAUAGAGGAAGGCUUGUGAAAUGUACAAUAUUUCUGUUGCAUAUGAUCUGUUGUCAGUGUCAAGAAGUACUUGCUAACCUUGAGGAUAAAGGUGAGGUUUCACUAGUAGUUGUGCUGGACUACAUGUACAGCCAGAUCAUCUGACAGAUCAGAUUUGAUCCGUUGUGAGGAAUGGUUGUGGAUUUGACACAGCUUCUAGAUUAUGAAGUAUUUAUAGUGCAGAAUGAGGUUUACAUGUAUUGCCUGGUAUUUUACAUUGCAAAUCUCAACUUCAGUUGCCUUUUGUGCACUUUGUUCGUGGUAGCCCUGUUGUGUAUUGCCAUGUUUGAGCAGGCCUCGUCUGGUCCUGCCCCUUUCUUUAAGUUCUGUUUCUUCCUCAAAAGGCAAUUGUACUGGACCUGGCUUUUAUUCUUUUGACUUGUUUCUAGCCUUCUGUCCCUGGGCUGCUCACCCAGAAAUGUGGCUGGAACAGUUUUUGUCCCACUGAAGAGUUUGUAGAGAAGCCAGGGACACCCAUCCUGUGAUCGUAUAGCCUGCAGGUAAUGCACACGUGAUGCCUUCCAGGGGACCUUAAUGGCAACAGUAACCUUUUUGCCCUGUCUGUGAGACACAGAUUUAUGCCAAGAGUCAUCUCUCAAAUGCUAAACUUCUGGGUAGGGCAGUGUUCAUAUAGGUUCAUGCUCAGCUCAUCUUUUUUCAUUUGGGAGCAGGAAGACAUUGGUCAGGAAGGGGAGAGGGCAGGAGGGGGCUCUCAGAAGCACCCCGAGGCCUGCGGCCAGCUCCGAGCCCCUGGCGUCUGGCUCUGUCCCUAGGUCACUCGUGGGUUUUCUUGUAGGCUCUCUUCAUGGUAGUACCCGUGCUGAGCUUGCUGCCCUGCAGCGCUGCAGUGCAUGGCAUUACCACAGAAGUGCCCCUUUAGGGAAUCCUGUACAUCAGGGUUUUUUGCAGAGAUCCAGCAAAUCCAGAUUUUUCUGUGACUUAAGCCAGGCUGUAGCAGAGAUGUCACAGACAAGUGAAUACGGGGCUUUCAUAAACUCUGGCUCUUAACCUCAUGGCAGGUCAGGCAUUUUUUCCAGCAGCAGUGGUACCGCAACGACAGUAUUGGCAUCCAGUGAGAAAGAAUCCACCGUUGACAGAAAUUUUCAGGAAGUUGAGAAGAUACCCAGCUAGAGAAGCUUCAGUGGGCAACCGAAGAGCUAGGAUAAAAUUACAGAAACCAACAGGAGAGGCAGCAGAAUUACAGCACAGGCAGAAUGCAACAGAACUGCCAACUCAAAAUUGAGUCACUCAUGUUUUGUGGAAAAUAUAUUGAUUUAAUUCAGGCAUUUAGGCUGGAGUGGGAAUACAGUCCUCCAUCAUUGGUCCUCCAGGCUUCUAGUACUUGGAGCCUUGAAUUCAUGUUUACUGUGUUAAGAAACUAUAGCUAUAAUAUCAUGGAAAGAUUUAAUGUGUAUCAGAGAGCAGAAUUUACUGCAUGGCUGUCAUGAUCAGAACAGGAGAGUCUGAGGCAAAUCUUGCAGCCUGUGAGAAGGAAAUAGUCUGGAUCUUUUUAUUUUUGCAGUGUCCAGCCAAAGCAAGUAAGAUCCCCGUGCUGACAGGCCUGUAGUUGAGGGAUGCAGAUGAAAAGUUAUGCUAGAGGUAGUGGCAGAGCUAGAAAAGGGUUUGUUGUGUGCCUGUGCCUGAACUGAGUGCUGCAUCCUUACUGGCUUUAAGGCUUUAGAUUAUUAGACAGAAGAUUUUUGACAGCAGUGGGAAGAGGUUGGUGACAUUUUCCAGAAAAGUGAUAUAGCCAGCACUCACAUAAAUUCACAACUUUUCAAUUAGAAAAAGGUGCUUGAAAAUCUGCAGACGGGGAAAAACAGUACAGCUGUGUAACUUUUGUAACAACAUUUUGGGAGCUUUGUCUAAUUUUACGUUGUAAAAACUCAAAUGUUACAGUGUAGUGCAAACUUCAUAGACAAAACAGAGCUAAGAAAUAUGAAUAAGUACAUGAAUUCAUAAAAAUGUGCAUUUAUCUGUAUAAAUCCUGUUAAUAUGUUUAUUGAUGACAGAGGGAAAAUAUUUUGUAAAAUAAAGUAUAUUUUGGUA